GAAGAGGAGGUGAGGGAGGAGAAGGAGGAGGCAGAAGCCGGGGGAUGAUAUUUUAGUCCGAGUAGGAGCUCCCUCUGACGGGACAGGUAACGCCGACGACCCACCGGCAGUGCUGCCAAGCCAGCGAACAAGUCUGCGGCUAAAACGUCCAAAAUAUAUCGAAGCUAAUAUACAUGUCAGCGCUUGUUGUUCGCCAUCGUCACACGCCCGUCUCCAGGACGUCAGCGAACAGCGGGGCUUGUUUUGCCGCCAGUUGUCACCCAGCCACCGACCAGCCGAGUGGGCGGCUUGUUUGGCUCGCCCCGUCAACCGCAUUGUAGCCACCCCUGCCCCCGCGUUAGCUCAUUCGGGGGGAAUUGGAGGAGUUCGGACUGCGGGGACGCGGUUAUCUAUUGUGUCGCCGAGGUGCUCGUCAAAGUGAAGAUAAUGAUCAGACAUGAUGCCCUGUCAGACCCAUGUGUUGCUCAAGUGGCAGGAACACCUCAACAGUUCCUGGGCGGCCGAGGACAGCUCACAGACGGCCACGAGGCGUGGAGCGGCCAUCCUUUACAGCAAGCUUCUCCACAACAAGGAGGUGGUGAGUCUGGCCCAGCCUGUCCAGGAACUCGUUGGCCCUCGUCUGCCGGACUUUGAGUGCGAGUCCUGCGCCGCCGCGGAGAAGGAGGAAUAUCUUUUAGCGCUGCUGCAAAGUCAACGAUGGCUGGCUCGCCGGAUGCUGACGCAGACCCGCUACACGCAGGGUCUCCACCACAGGCUGAUAGCUCUGCAGAGGAUCUUCUACGCCAUUCACACCAAGUACCAUGAUAAUUUCCGUGCUCACCUUCCCUCUCAGGCCGCAGAGAACAGCGCGGAAUGUGGACAUCUUGAGCUGGCCUCUGAGCCGUGCCUGCCAGGGGGGCUGCCCAAAGUCAAGUCGGGCACAGAUGUUCUGAUCGAGAUGGGUGUGAGGACAGGUUUGAGCCUGCUCUUCUCACUGCUGCAGCAAAACUGGAGGUACGCAGCUUCUGCGCAACCAGAGUCCAUGCUGUGCAACGACGUUCUGGCCACUGCCUCUUCCGUGCUGGCAUCCCUGCCAUCGCUUUCCCUGGCCAACGAGAGCAAGAUCCCCUCAGUCGGGUUGGACUGCCUGGCACAAGUGGCCGACUUCCUGAAGAAGACGUCGGCGAGCAGCGGGAGCGGCGGCGCCGACCUGACGGGCCGGAGGCUGGCGUUGGAGCUGCUGCUCGGACUGGCCAUGCAGAGAGGCUCGCUCAAGUUUUUCCUGGAGUGGGUAGAGGUGGCUUUAGCGGCCUCCGUGUCUUCGCGUUCCUCCUCCCAAGGAGCCGGUGUGGGAUUCGAUUUCAUCCAUCAAACUCUCCUUCAGAUGAGACAGUUUUCGGGGUUCAAUGGCGAUGCCGUCAACAUUCUAGUUCUCCAAAAGGACAAGGACGGACUUUGCCGUCUCUCUCAGGCGGCCCUCUGUCUGCUCGAGGAGAUCUGUAACCUGGCGUCCUUCUGCCUGUGCUCCUGCAGCGCCGACGCAGACGCUCCCGGCGCCAACAGCGAAGCCGUCGUGGUGUACGUGUGGGGCAGCAAUAGCAGUCAUCAGCUGGCGGAAGGAACGCUGGAGAAAAUCUUGGUGCCCAAACCCACGCAGGGCUUCAGCGAUGCCCAAAUGAUCGAGGCCGGCCAGUACUGUACCUUCUCCGUGUCGGCGGACGGCGCUGUAAAGGCGUGCGGUAAAGGCAGCUAUGGCCGCCUGGGCCUGGGCGACUCCAACAACCAGUCCAUGCCCAAGAAACUGGUGCUGGAGCCCCACAGGAACAUGAAGAAGGUGUCUUCCUCCAAGGGGUCAGACGGUCACACAUUGGCCAUCACCAUGGAGGGAGAGGUGUUCAGCUGGGGUGAUGGAGAAUACGGGAAACUGGGCCACAGCAACAGUGCUACGCAGAAAUACCCCAAAAUCAUCCAAGGACCUCUGUCGGGAAAAGUUGUCGUGUGCGUGUCUGCUGGCUACAGGCACAGUGCCGCCGUGACCAACGAGGGCGAGCUUUACACAUGGGGCGAAGGCGACUUUGGGAGACUUGGCCACAGUGACAGCCAGAGCCGCAACACGCCCACGCUGGUGAAGGACAUCAGCGGCGUCGGGCAGGUGGCGUGCGGCAGCUCGCACACCAUCGCCGUAGCGCAGGACGGACGCACCGUGUGGUCUUUCGGAGGAGGUGACAAUGGUAAACUUGGCCACGGCGACACUAACCGCGUGUAUCGGCCUAAGAUCAUCGAAGCCCUGCACGGAUGCAUCAUCAGGAAAGUGUGCGCUGGAAGUCAGUCUUCUCUAGCGCUCACCUCUGCGGGACAGGUGUUCGCAUGGGGCUGCGGCUCGUGUUUAGGGUGCGGGUCAUCCGAGACCACCUCCCUGAGACCCCGAUUCAUAGAAGACCUGAGCAUCACUAAGGUCAUCGACAUCUCAUGCGGGGACAGCCACUGUCUGGCACUGUCGCACGAGAACGAAGUGUACGCCUGGGGCAAUAACACCAUGGGCCAGUGUGGGCAAGGCCACACCUCCACGCCCGUUACCAAACCCAGGAAAGUGCUUGGCCUGGAGGGCGUGUCCAUUCAGCAGAUCACGGCAGGAACUUCCCACAGCUUGGCGUGGACUGCCGUACCGACUGACAGGCAGCUGGUGGCAUGGCACAGGCCUUUCUGUGUGGACCUGGAGGAGAGCACCUUUGCUUACUUGCGCAGCUUCCUCGAAAGCUACUGCGACGGCAUUGGGGAUGACUCCCCCCCGGCGCCAUUCUUAUCCAAACGGGAGCAUCACCAGUUCAUUUUACUGUGCAUGAAGCUGCUGUCCGUCCAUCUGUCCCUGGCUCACGCCGGGGGGACCGGUGCUAUGGUGUUGGGGGCUCAGGGCAGGCCCCUCCGCAACCUGCUUUUCAGACUCAUAGACACCAACAUGCCCGAGUCCAUACAGCAGGCGGUUAUGAACACGCUUACCAUCGGCGCCUCGCUGCUCCUGCCUCCACUGAGGGAACGCACAGAGCUGCUUCUCUCCCUCCUACCUCAGGGACCGCAGAGUCUAAAUGUUCUUUCCAAAGGGCAACGUCUGCAGUUGGACAUGGUCUUGAGCAGCCUUCAAGACCAAAGUCACAUGGCGUCCCUGCUGGGCUACAGCAAUUUCGGAGAUGUGGCAAACUUGGUACCUCCUCUGACGGCCGGCCCACCUACCCGACCGUCCUCCUCCUCCUCCUCUUCUUCCUCAUCCGAAGCAUACGACCCAUUUCACUUAGCGGAGGUUCUUCUCAGAACCCUUCUGCUCAGUAUUGGCUUUUACACGGAACGAGCAUUUGGGGAAUUGGAGAAAAACAGUGAUAAGAUGCUAUUGAGUGAUAGUCAACGAGAGUCUGAGCCUCCCUCGCACUUUCACCAGCUUCUCUCUGGACUUCACAAACACAUGCUUGCCCAUUGCUACAUCCACUUCAGCCCCGAGGAUGACAGCAGUGUCAAACUACUUAGUGAGCAUCUUCACUUGAUGUUCUCAUGCGCCGCAGAGACGCUUCGGAGAUCAACCAAGCUGUUAAAAGACAGCUACAUGGACACGCAAAUGAUGAAGAAGCUGCACACGGUGUUGUACAACUCCAUGGCAGGCAGCCUGCUGUGUCAGGUCAUGUACUCGUUGCUGCUUUUGCCCCUCAGCACGGUCCAGCCUCUGCUUGGCCAUUUGUUGGAUUUGCUAGAGGACCUGGACAGUUUCAACCGGUUGCUGCCGGAGACAGGCCUACUUGAGGAGCAGGAGCUCGAGGUUGAGUUCUCGACACUCCCUUCAGAUACAAGUGAACAUCAAGAGGAAGAGGAGGAGUGCUCAUGGCUUUGGCUGUUGGAUUUAGAGCGCUCUGUAGCACUCGCGGUCGGACGCUGCCUUGGCGGGAUGAUGCAAGGCCUGCCGCCCUCCCCCCAGGAAAGAACCUCAGAGUUCUGGCUAAGCAAUGUGCUCCUCCGUAAUGGCCUCGAGAUGGACUAUGAGGAGCUUGACUCCAGCGUGGCAUGGCUUACUGAAGCGGUGCUUCUGGGCGGCAGCGAUUCAAGAUUGUCCGAGCUGAGCUUGACUCAGGAAUCUCUGACGUUACUCGAGGUGGCGCUGGGAUCCUCCAGAGGGCCUGCCGGGUGCCUACUGCAGAAGAUGGAGGAGUAUGCUCUCGGCAGAGAGUGGGAGAGUGAAGGAUCUUCAUGUGACGGUUUGCUGGAGGCCGUCUGUCGCUGCAGCUUGGCAGCACUUCUGAAGCACACGGGCAUACCAGACAAAUCCUGCUGGCAGGACAGAUAUGAGCCCUGCAAGAAGCUGUUAGAUGUCUUUGAAAGCGUCUAUAAAAUCAGAAUAUCCCUGUUGGCCCACAAAAACUCCCCAAGAACCUCGCAAGUGCUUGCUGCUGCCAGACAGACCUCGCGGUGUCAGAGUCCCGCGUUAGAGGAGUUAGGAGCUCCUGUGGUGAAAGAAAGCGAGCGGCUGUCUGUAGGUCAAUGCAGCCGGGAGGUUCAGGUGCCGCCGCCCCCUGAAGCCAACCACAACCAGGACCAUGAAGAUGCAGUUGAGGAAUCACUGAGCAGCAAUCAAAUAGAUCUCACAGAAGUCCUGGAGUCCUUCAUGGCAACCCGUGAGGCCAUGCAGGUGCAGCAAAACAUGACCGUGUACGAGUCCUUCGGGACCUCCGCGCUGCCUGGCACCGUUGAGAGUCCGGUCAGCCCCCACAGAGAACUUGAUUCCACACAGCAGUGGGACAACCGGAGAGAGUCGGAGGAGGAGAUCUUGCCCUUCCCCGCCACCUGCCGUCUACUCGUUUCCCGCUGCCUCUUCCUACUGCUGGGAGUCCGACCUGCCUGGGCUGAACCCAGUGAGAGGGAAGAGAAUCAGGCAGCUAACGCUAGCACCAGGGCAACUACACAGUCUUCUGGUCUCAAGCAGCAGUCUGACCAAUCAAAGACCACUUUGGGAUCACAUAAGAACAAAAUGGGCUUGCCUCUCUGCUCUCUGGACGUCAUGAAAGACGCUUGGGAUCGCCUGCGUCAGUGCAUCAGCCCGACCUCCCCGGCCACGACCCACUUUGGUGACAACAGCCAGCUGAUCCUGGACCAGGCUCUCCAGUUUGUGUGUGGCAACACGCUCCAGUUUACAGUGCCCACCCAGGCUUGUCAUGAGGCUGAUCCCAAAGCUAUAGCCUUUGCCAUCCUCCAGCAACAACAGCGGGCUGAGAUGCGCCUGGAGGCUUUCCGUCAGAUGUCGCCUUUCCUGUCCAAGAUGGAGAAGUGCGGCUCUCCGCAGUUUCCCACCCUGUUACAGUCGGUGCAGCUCCAGUUCCUGUCUGGCUGCUUUGCCUUGGGAACGCAAAUCAUGGGCUCCCCCGCGGGGGGUCAUUAUGAGAUGCGCCAUUACACGGCUGGCACCCAUUCAGCUGCCAUUGACAUGCAACGAGAAUUACAAUGUGCAGCGCAGGCUUUCUACCAGCAAGUGGUGCAUGUUCUCAGACAGAGGGUUCUGCUUGAAAGAAAACAUCCAGGUUCGUGUCAACACCUCCUGUUGGCCACCUUGUUUGCACUGAACUUUAGCUACCAGCCGAUGGAUCUGGUGCUAGUGGUCAAGCGCGGCAUCCUGGAGCUGCUCUGCCUGCUAACUGACAACAGUUGCGCCCUCAUGAACCAAGGCUGGCUCACCGUCUCCACGUCAGGAUGUCCACUCCUGAGUGGCGCCGUCAAGCUGGCUUGUACGCGCCUGCUGCAGAUCCUUGCAGUCACUUCCAGCUCCUGUGAGGAUCUGCUGCCUCUUGAGAUUUCACAAUCCCUCAUGGAGGUCAUGUGCCAGCAUCUCCAAAAUGUACUCCAUGCAUUCCAUCAGCAGCAAGCGGCAGAGAUUGCAGCAGCAAAGACGAGGAUGGACGAGACUGUGAAGGAUGGCUUGAGCUUAAAAGCAUCAGAAAGCAGCCGAGUGCUCGAAUGUCAGCUUGCCGACUUCUUAGUAUUCCUAAGGCGGGUGUUGUCAUCACGAGUGAUGAAAACACUCUCCUCGUUCAUCAAGUGGGUGGACCCACUCAUGGCCAUUAUUUCCUCCAAGUGCUCUUCAGGAUCACCAUGCUUCCAGAACCUCCGCACAAAACUCCUGGCCUUCCAUGUUUUGGAACGACUGUUGCCUGCUUGUUCUGAGCCAGAAUAUGUUCAGAAGAUUGUCAAACAACUCUUUCAGCUGAUGUCUGUUUACAUGUGGGAGGAGCCUCUUGCCGACAUGACCCAUAAAGAGACGACUGUAAAGGAUUCUGAGAAUUCCGGCAGCAACGACGAAUGUAUCCCCAUCGGAGAUUUUUCCUUCGACCCUCAUAAGAUAACGUGCUGCUCCCUGGAGAGCGGGAACAUCCUCUCGCACGGAACCGGUGGAAAAGGUUAUGGACUGGCGACCACGGCCAUCACCUCCGGAUGUUUCAUUUGGAAGUUUCACAUCUCCAAAGAACAUCGAGGCAACGAGGGCACGUGCGUGGGCGUGUCACGCUGGCCCGUCCGCGAUUACAACCACCACACCACCACUGAUAUGUGGUUGUAUCGGGCCUACAGCGGCAACCUGUACCAUGGUGGCGAGCUGGUCCGCACGCUCCCAUCCUUCACACAAGGCGACACCAUCACCUGCAUCUUGGACAUGGAGGCUCACACUGUAUCGUUCGCUAAAAACGACAAGGAGCCAAAGUUGGCCUUUGAGGGUGUGGUUGCCUCCGAGCUGUACCCUUGUGUCUUAUUCUACAGCAGCAAUCCAGGAGAGAAGGUGACACUGGGAGAUCUUCAAAUGCGAGGCAUGCCCAGUAACUUGCUACCUGGCGAACCACUGUGCAGCCCACACAACACCGCCCUCAUCGAGUCCACGAUACAGCUUUUGCGGCGGCUCCACCAAUACGAUCAGUGGACGCCGCACAUCAACCAGUACAUCCAUUCCAGCUUGGAGCUCAUCGGACCCAUGCUGAAGGAGGACCACUUGGGACGCUUCGCUCCAGGCCUUGAGCAAACCUCCGAGCAAAAUGAUCCAUUCCAAGACCCUCAUCAAAGCCACUUGUCUGAGUCCAAGCUAGCUGCCUUGUGCACUGAAGUGUGGCCCGUGCUGGCGUUGAUUGGAGGCGUGGAUGGUGGUCUUCGGGCUGGGGGAUUGUGUCUUCACAAGCCCAGCGGGCGCAGGGCUGUUCUGCUGGGGGUCCUCAAAGAGAGGAGCUCACUGGCCAAGCUGCAAUGGGAGGAGGCCGAUAUCUCAAUCAGCGACACUCCCAUCGCUUCGCUCGAGCCCUGCGAUACCACCUGCUGCGAUGUGGCGCGACUGGGUGGCCUCAAACCGGCGGUGCUGUUGGAUCUGAUUUACCUGAUGGGGAUGCUGGAGGAGCGAGGCUGGCUCGGGGCUCGCGCGGCCACUGCUGGGAAAUUGUCGCAGGAGAGCCUGGCUGAGGGCGAGAUGCAGUACUCUCUGGACGAAGUAGAUGAUCUCACGUGCUUAGCAGAAAACGACUGGAAGAAGGUUGAAGACGAGGAGAAGAAUUCCGUCAAAGAUAAUGUAAAGCUCCAAGAGGAGGGAACCAGACGGCUGCAACCAUCUCAAACCAAAAUAAACACCUUCGCCUUCGAGCUCAGAGCCGUCAAAGUCUCCUAUCUUCUCAUCGGCGCCUUGAAAUCCCUCGCUGUCGUUUUCAGCUGCGAGAAGUUGUCACAUUUGCUCUCCGGGCCUAAGCCGAAUUCCACCUUAUCGAGUCCCAGCUCUGACCAGGACGAAGGCGACGGAAGUGGUAGCGAGCGAUGGGACGAGAGCGCCGAGCUAAGGUCCGUGCUGCAGUACGUGGUUCAGAGCAUGGUCAAGUGGGCGGUCCGACCCUGUCCCAUAAAACAGAGAGUGUCUGUGGCAGACCUGGAAAGAGCUCAAGUCAUGAUCUACAAAGGCGCUCUGAGUGGACUAGAGGAUAAAGAACGCAAAGAAUCCGGUCACCACUCCACCUCCCAGCCCAUUUCCAAGUCCUCCAGCUCUGUCUCCUUGUACAGCGUCGGCUCGGAAGGCACCGCCAUUUUCGGCCAAUCCAACCGAGCCUCCGCGUCAUCGUCCAACACGGAGCUGGCCUCGUCACUCCCGGCGAACCUGCAGGCGGACGCUCUUGAUCAGUUCAACCCCUUCCUACCCAUCAGCCUUCUUCAACACAUGGUGCUAACUCGCUUCCCCACGCUUACCGGACUGGUCAGCAACCCGCCUGCGCUGCAUCCCUGCUUCAGCUUGGCCAAUUCAGCUUCGUGCGACGCCUUCACAGAGCAGCAGACCAGCUUCAUGGAACCCGGUCAGUGUAGCACGCAGGCCCGAAGCAGCCUGGAACGGACUCAAAUGUUUGUCACCAGCCGCUUGCUUGAAAUGGGAUUCACUAUGAGACAUAUCUACUGUGCCAUGGAGGCAGCAGAUUUGGCAGGUGAGCUGGACUCUCGAACCAUCGAGGUGUUGGCGAGCUGGAUGCUGGAGCACCCGGUGACGGAUGAACAGCAGACCACCGAGAUGCCCAGACACGAGAGUGAGCCCGACACACCGUCCUCCGACGGGCCCGAGACAGUACAGUGCCCCGAACGUCCUGCCAGUCAACCCACUGAGAGCUUGCUGCCCGGUUUGGACUGGAUAGAGCGAGAGAACUUCUUAGAUGUCCACCUGACAAGGAAUAGACCUCCUCCAGCAAGGCGGCGGCGGCGUUUAGGUCCUACCCAGAGGACGUCUUUUCGGGGGGCAGGAAUUUCCGUAUCUUCAGAUUUGCCGUCACCGAACCCCAUCCCGCAGCUGUACCCUCAGAACACAGGCGAUUGGCCUGAGUACGUGGAGUUUCACCCCUUCUCCACGGAGGAGGAGUCGGAGCUGGGCUACAUGGACGACGUGUACCACGAGGAGACCUACGAGGACCUGCUCACUCCUUUCUUCAGCCUGGAGAGAGAUACGCUUCACAUAGUUGAGAGUGGCGAAGAACACAAUCCGAUGGUGAAGUGCGAGCUGUGCAACACGCUCACCUUGCAGUUCAACAACCACAUCAAGCGCCGGCAUCCCGGCUGUGGUCAGAGCGCCGCGCGCAAGGGCUACGACAGCACCGGCGCUUACGUGGACGUCUGGUUCAAAGGGGAGUGCGGCUCCAACUUUCCCUUCUACCUCCUCUGCACUUCCUGUAGGGAAAAGUACCUCGCCGCCAACACCGGCGAUCCGAGCUCCAGGAGUGAACGAAUUAAAGGCCUGACGAGUGAUCUGAUUGGCCGCUUGGACAGCACUUCUGAUGACGACUGGGAAAUAAACCACCAAGAUGAGAGUGACCAAGACAGACUGACGGGACUGGAGGACUUUGGGCUUCUGCUGAGACCACUGGGAUUGACUGAAAAGAAGCUGGUGCCCGACCCCAUCGCCUUCACCGAGCCCGAUCCGCUUGGGGCGAUGGUCUAUAGCUUGGUGGACCCCCUAAGGGACAAACUCAAAGGGGAUGCUGUGGUGGAACAGAAAGGCUCAUUGAGUCUGGGCCAGCAAGCCAUGUCUCUUAGGGACUCUCACGACCGACUGAAAGCGCUAAGAAGGGUGACCUCCACGGCUCAAAUUUUGCUAGCGUACAGCAUGGUGAUGCGAGCCCUUUCUCAGACCGCUUGCAGUCCAUCCGGCGGUCUGGACUCUUUGGGUCUGGCAGACAUCCGCAUCCUAGUGCGUUUGAUGACACUUGCCGCGGCGGGCAGGGCGAACACCUGCGUGGCCAGACGGUCGGACGGCAAGGGGUCACCGUCCGAACGCGGCAAUUCCAGCUGUCUUAGCUUCUUGACAGCAGCUAUAGGCAGCGUAGUCUCCCGCAGCCCCUCCGCCUACAGGCAGCUGGUGGAAAUAUGCACUCACGACCUGAUGGCAGCAGCUACAGGAAUGAACAUUCCCAGUAGUGAAGCGCAGCAGCGAGCUUGCUUAACGGUCAGUUUGGUGUCUGCCGUGACGCAGCAGCAACAAGAGCAGCAGCAGGUGAAGGAUAACGGCGAGCACUCGGAGUCCUUUCUGGUCACGCAGAGCCUUGUGGCCUUGCUCACCGAGAAGGGUGUUCACUGCUACUGUGCUGACAAGACUGAACACGAGACUCACGAUGCAGGACACCAAGGCCUGUCUUCCACCUGCCCCUCUGCCCACCGUGGCACAAGAGUGGGCCCUCUCGAGCUGGCCAACGCUCUGGCGGCGUGCGUGUUGUCCGCCAUGCUGAGCAGCCAGCACCGCCAGUGGGCGGCGCAACGGCUAGUGCAAGCUUUGGCCGCAACCGGGCGGGACGGACCUGGGAGAGCCCAAACCUUCAGCGACCUUGCUGGCGAUCUGCGUAAAUGUCCUGUAAGGAGACUGGAAGGACACUAUAAUAAGGUGGCCACUUGUUUCUGGAACAGUGAACAGACCCUGCUGGCUACUUGCUCGCAGGAUAAAGUGGUGCAGUUGUGGAGCGUCAGUGAGAACAAUGCCCAGUUGCAUACCACCUUCUCCUGCAUAACCAGUAAAACAGACAAAAAUUCCGAGAGGGCAAGCAGAUAUCAUCACAAGUCAUCGCCUGUGUACUGGAGCACCGGUGGAGACUUCCUGGCUGCCCCGGAGAACAAACACAUCACCAUUAUGAACAUCAGAGGCUCUCACUGUCACACGGAGGCUCAGGCAUCGCGGGUCACGGCGCUGUGUUGGGCCGCAGCCUUUAGCUUGUGGCUUCUCGAUCAGCCCGAAGCUUACAAAGUCCGCCCCACCGAGAGCUUGCUGGUAGGACGGCUGGACGGCUCUCUCUGCUGGCUGCGUGUCACCAUGCAGGAACUCGACUUGCUCGUGAAGACCACCGAGUUGACUCACUGCUACAGGAUGGAGGCUCCGCAGUGUGUGGCUUGGCACAGUGAGGAAAAGCCAUUUGCAGUCGGCUACCCCAGCGGAAAAGUCCUUUUGGCCACUACUGAGACCUACGAGAACGAGCCCUUAGUAUUGCUGCCCAUCUACCAGGAUGGUGUCACUUCCCUCAAGUGGGAUCCGACGGGGCACUUGCUGCUCUGUCUGGGCAGGUCGGAGGUGGUGAAGAUCGUCGGAUGCUCGGGGGGCUCCUGGAUGACGUUCCACUCCCUCGCGCAUUCCAGCACGGUCAACGUCGCCGAGUGGUGUCCCCUCGCCGGCCGAGCCCCGGACCCCAUGCUCAUGAUGGCGGCAGGUUGUCAGAACGGUUCGGUGCAUGUGUGGACGUUGCCGCAAGCGAGUGCCGCUGUCACUCUGCCAAGCACGCAGAACAGCUCUUCCAGACAGCAUAAAAGCGCCAGUGUCAUGGACAGUGCAAAGUGUGUGUUUGUCCUCCUCGGUCACAUCACAGCGGUGAAGUCGCUUUCCUUUUGCUCCAGUGGUCUGGCGCUGGUUUCUGGAGGAAUAGGGGGGCUGCUCAACAUCUGGUCCUUACAGGAUGGUUCAGUAUUACAGACCGUUACGGGUUUGGGAUCCGUCGUCAGUACUACGUGGAUCCCCAAAAUGGGUGUUGUCGCCUGUUUCGGGAGGUCAAAGGAUGUCUUGUUGAUCUGCUGCACCCCCGACUGGAUCACUCAGAAUCACGUGCUGGCUUCCUGCCGCAUGGUCCUAAGAAGCCAAAGCAUCUUGGGUCUGCAUCGGGCUCCUUGUUUAGCAGUGCUGCUGGAGAGGCUGCCCCUGCUGCUCCAGGAGCAGUAUGCCUACGAGCGGGCCCACGUAGUUGCCGGUGACCAACUAGUCCACAGUGCCUUCCUGCAGAGUCUGGCCUCUCUCGCUGUCGGUUUGUCGCUAGAAGAGUACCUGUGCCAUUACCCGUGCCCACCGCAUCACGCCAACCCCAACGCCCGAUCUUGCCCGGCCGAAUGGAACUGGCUCGCCAUCUACGCCACCACCGUGCGUAGCGCUGAGGCUAUCGCCAGCGGCAUUGUUUUCCCAGAAUCCUUUGUGGUUCCAGAGUUUGAGGAGGGGGAUGAGGUUGAAAUCGCAAAGGCCCUGGAUAACAGUAAAUGGAGCUUCAAGAUGGAUGAACAGCUGAUGUCCUGGGCAACCACCCGACCGGAGGACUGGCAGCGAGGAGGCAAGAGCGAGGUGUACCUGUGGGGGAACGGGCGUUACGGACAACUGGCAGGAAUGGGGACCAAUCCCACGGCGCCCACUUUGGCGCCCUCUCUGCUACAAACACAACAGGUGGUGUGCGGUCAGAACUGCACUUUCAUGGUUCAGUCCAAUGGGGUCGUGCUGGCUGUUGGGGAAGGACAGUAUGGAAGGCUUGGACAAGGAAAUUCAGAUGAUCUGUACGUCCCUACGAUUAUCGGCGCCUUUCAAGGUUACGUGGUGACCCGGCUGGUGACAUCCUGUGGCUCGGAUGGACACUCCAUGGCGCUGACUGAGACAGGGGAGGUGUUCAGUUGGGGGGAUGGUGAUUUUGGGAAACUGGGACACGGCAACACCGAAAGGCAGAGGAGACCCAAACAAAUUGAGGCAUUGCAGGGGGAAGAUGUCGUUCAGCUCGCGUGCGGGUUCCGCCAUUCCGCUGUGGUGACAUCCGACGGGAAACUGUUUACCUUCGGUAGCGGUGAAUCCGGACGUCUAGGUCAAAGGUCAUCGUCCAACAGAAUGCUGCCAGAGAGGGUAGCCGCUCUGGAGGGUUACCAUGUAGGACAGGUGUCGUGUGGUCUCAAUCACACUCUGGUCUUGUCUGCGGACGGAAUGAUUGUAUGGGCGUUCGGAGAUGGCGAUUACGGAAAAUUGGGGACUGGCUCCUCAACGGCAAAAUAUUACCCUCAGAAAGUGGAGCAGCUGUGUAACAAAGGAAUAAAGAAGGUCAGCUGUGGAACACAAUUCUCAGUUGCUUUGGCCUGCGAUGGACAUGUGUACACAUUUGGACAAGAGCGUCUGAUUGGCCUGCCGGACUCCAUGCUCAAGAACAAGUCAUGUCCUCAGGUGGUUCCGGCCCUGGAUGGACACUUCAUAGAGGACGUGGCCCUCGGCUGUGAACACGUCCUCGCCCUGUCCUCCACUGGGGACGUCUACACCUGGGGCUGCAAUAGUGAUGGCCAGCUUGGUCUGGGACAUUCCAACCCGGUGAAGGAGCCCACACUAGUGACAUCCCUCCAGGGGAAGAACAUCCGACAGAUCUCAGCGGGCCGCUGCCACAGCUCGGCAUGGACCACACCCUCUACCUCCGUUAAAACCUCAGGUGGCUCUGUAAAUUCCCAGCUAGGUCUUCCCCAGUGUGUCCCUCCCCAGUACAACGCAUUGAAAGGCUGCAGCCCUCAUCUGCUCGGCAUGCGCCUCAGGGUGCUCCACCACUUCUCUGAUCUCAUGUACAAGUCGUGGAGGCUACUCAACCUGGAUGCCAGGAAUAUGGUGUCUACUUCGAGGUACACUUCGGGGACAACAGCUAUAGUCCGUGGUGAGCUCAGAGGUCUUCUAUCACCCAAAGUCAACACUCUGCCUCUGGUACGCUCCAUUGGCAGAACGAUGACCCAGGGAAAGACAUACGGGCCGCAGAUCACCGUGAAACGUAUUUCCACAAGAGGGCGUUCCAGCAAGCCCAUCUUUGUACAAAUUGCCAAGCAAGUGGUGAACCUGAACCCUCUCGAGCUGCGACUACCGUCCAGAGCGUGGAAGGUCAAGCUCAUCGGUGAGGGCGCGGAUGAUGCCGGCGGAGUUUUUGAUGACACCAUUACAGAGAUGUGCCAGGAGCUGCAGUCUACUGCGGUGGACCUCCUGAUCCGUACACCCAACAGCUUUACGGAUGUAGGCAGUCAUACUGACAGGUUCCUGCUGAACCCGGCCGCUCUCUCCAAAGAUCACAUGGUCCAGUUUCGCUUCUUGGGCAUCCUGAUGGCGGUGGCCAUCCGCACCAAGAAACCACUGGAUCUGCAUCUGGCGCCGUGGGUCUGGAAACAGCUCUGCUCCAUGCCGCUGGAAGAGCCUGACUUGGAGGAGGUGGACCUCCUCACCUUUCGCACCUUACAAGGCAUUCUCCACUUGGACAACAGCGGCAUUACAGAGGAGAAUUUCCAUGUGAUGAUCCCACUGGAUUCGUUCGUGGCCCACAGUGCAGACGGCAGGCUGGUGCCAGUGGUUCCGGGAGGUCAAAAUAUUUCCCUCAAUUUUUCCAACCGCACAGAAUACGUGGAGAGGGCGCUGCAGUACAGACUUCAUGAAAUGGACUCUCAGGUGGCGUCGGUCAGAGAGGGCAUGUCGGCCAUCAUCCCCGUUCCGCUCCUCUCCCUGCUGACCGCCCAGCAGCUGGAGCAGCUUGUAUGCGGCCUGCCCGAGGUGUCAGUGGAGACGCUAAAGAAGCUUGUCCGCUACCGGGACAUUGCCGAGAGCCACCAGCUGGUGGCUUGGUUCUGGCAGAGCUUGGAGGAGUUCACCAACGAGGAGCGCGUGCUUUUCCUGCGCUUCGUCUCCGGCAGGUCCCGGCUGCCGUCCAACCCGGCUGACAUGACGCAGAAGUUCCAGAUCAUCAAGGUGGAUCGGCCCGUCAACGGCCUGCCGACGGCCCAGACGUGUUUCUUCCUGCUGCGCCUUCCGCCGUACACAAGCCAGGCGGUGCUGGCCGAGCGUCUGCGCUACUCCAUACACAACUGUCCCUCCAUCGACAUGGACAACUACAUGCUGACGCACAACACGGAGCCCUUAGAAACCUCCGACACUGAGGACUGAGCCCGCCAUUAUAUGCAAUGACUUUUAAUUUAUUUUCCCCAUGGAUAUGUGGAAGAAAAUGGAUGGAGGCAUCAAAUAUGAGGAAGACCACAGCUUGAGCAGCUGCUUCGACAGACGCCGUAGAAUUCAACCUCCAGUCAGCAUUCUUGCAGCUGAAAGAGAGUGUGAGAUAAAUAUAACAUCCAUAUUUCAUCUUAACAAGGAUGCACUAAUCUCAGAUCGAGUCAGUCGGAAAUGAAUUUGACCAAAGGAUUCCGACUUACCAGAAGGUUUCGCAGACCAAAGCAUGUCUUUCCAUCCUGAAUUUUUAAUUCAUGAAAGGAGGGUGCGACCUACAUAGUCUCACAAUCUGAGUGCAAACGGUUACCUGAUCUCCUCCCCCUCCCCAAAUCAGAGCACCAUACUGGGAAUUGGAUGAACUUUUCCAAACAAGGACAACCCAGGCUUUUUGGGUCAACACGUCGCUGAGGAUAGGCGGAACGUUGACCAUCAUCACACCUCUCGGACACUUUAGACUUCAGACUACAGUUUCAGCCGCUGAUGACAUACUGCCAACUAAUGUUCUGACGCUCGCGAAAAGGAGAUCAGGACUUGAUGAAAGGCUUUGAGGAAACAACUCAUCAAUCUGGGCUAAGUGGAACGGCGUGUUGACAGACGAAAAAUCCACUUCAGAGAGGCCCCAACAAUCCAAUACAAGGAAAUGCUGGAGUCACUGGCCAAUAUGAUGUCCAUCAACCAAUUGAUGACCGCUGAUGCCAAUUGCAUCUGGUGGCAGUUUGUUGUCGUCUUUCCUGAAGACAGACGAUCUAGAGUUGGAUAAAGACUUUUGGUCACAAAUAUGAUGGAAAGUGUUGGUGUUGUGGGCUGACUGAAGCUCCGACCGCCUCGUCUAACUCCACCAGUGAAAUCAGGUGCACCUCGGCGGCCGUCUCACGGUCCACUUCACCAAUUAACGUGUCUCACUCAUCCGGGUCCCCAUCCUGCGUGCUGUCACCCGUGCGGCUUGACUCAGCUCAAUGGUGACCGUCAUCAUCGGAGCUCUGCUAUGCUAGAGAGCCUGCUCCUGUCCCGGGGAUCUGUCCUUGGUCCUGAAGUCAGAGCGAGCAAUCCCGCAGGAGUGCUUCAGCUCGGAGUUGAACAGGAAGACUCUAAAUUGUCCGUAAGGGUCAACGUAAGCAACACUGCUUGCUAGAAUUCGUUAUUCAACCUUGGUGGAGGUUUGCCACGCUCCAGUAGGUAUUUUUGUGGCUGUAAUUUGUCGUUGACCAGGAAUACGACGCGAGCAGGUUUACCAAAGAUCUCUGGCGAUCUUGACAAACCGAGACGUACGUGCAGUGUACGCACAGGAUUGGUGGUGGUCAAGGAUUAGGAGUCAAUGAUUUUAGGGGUCUUUACAAACCAUUAUGUAAGGAGAUUGACCCAUGCCGUUAGAAGAUGGGCGAAGCGUGCAACUCGGCCAAUUUGCGGUUUUUAGCAUAACGGAAAUGUUUUUGUUGGAAACCCAAAGCCAUUUGUCUUAUCCCAUACUGGGGUCACAAGAGUUUGGGAUUUUUGAAAUUUCUAUUUCUUUUUUCCUUCUUUUUUUAAAACGCACCUCAGUUUGUAGAACUAUUUUUACUAGUUUUAUUAAAUGUUUCAUUUUAGUUCAGUUGUUAUUAUUUUAGAUAGAUACUAGAUAGAAUUUCUUUUCUUUAAAUCGUUCAUGCUAAAUUUUAAGCCUCGUGUUUCGCUGAAAACUCUGACAAUCAAACCAUACAACGGAUGGCCCCAAAUUUUGAAAGCAGUUCCCCCUUCGACUUCCGUACCAGCCCCCUGACAUUUUCUAAAGGGCACUUUCUGAGGGGGAAGUCGCCCGGGAAAUAGCCUUCCUCAGCUAGCUAGCUGCCGUGUCUUGGCCGAGAAGUUUAAGUAGGCCGUUUCUGUUGUUGCUCUCAUUUCACAUUCAGUGUCUUGUGUUCUUCUUUCAUGCUGAGCCCUGAAAACAAAAACAUCCUAACAUCCAUAAAGACUUACAGUAUAUCCCUUCACUUGAAAUUUAACACGCAGCAUAUUCUUUGUGCAGUGUGGCUGCUUAAAGAUUAAUGGAAAGUUAGUAGUAUACAUUAUUCAGAAGGUUUUUGGAGAGGUCCCACGUGCAGGGCUCGGUAUACCUUUGCAUGGGCACCCCAAGAGGCGCCGUUGUCGUCCCUUAAAAGCCUUCUUCGCAGUGUAUUUCUUUCGGCAAGUAUUACAAUAUUGCAUGACUUCGCCAACGUGCAGGACAAUAUUAUUAUUCGCGGCUAAGCUAACUCGAUGCGGCCUUGGCAGAGGGUGUAUCCGCCCCAUUAUAAAACAUAUGCACUUGUUCCUCCAGCUAAGCCUUUCUGCUAGUAGUUCUAAAAAUAGCACAGUAUUGAUCCUCAUCAGUAAUAGGCCUAUAAUGAGGCAUUGGCAUUUACCCAAAGUAAUGAUGAUUGAUAAUCAGCCGAGAUCAACACAGACCUCAAAACUAAGAGGUCUCGUUUGAACUUUCAUGGCAAAAUAUUGGCCCAAUUAAAGGUCCUUUCACACAGAGAUCUUGCUAAAUAAAUAAACGGUCUUUGUCUUCCAUACAGAACCUAGCGCAGGCGGGACAUUUCUCUAUUUGAUUUCACUCAGCCACAAAUUACCCCCGCAAGUCGAUGUGUAGAUGAGGUCAUCAUCUCUGGUGUGACAGUGAAAAAAACUUGACGGAUUGAGGCGGGUGUCAAAUUUCACACCGCUGUCCUGCCAUUGCCACCUUCUAUUUAAACCCACAAAAAAGAUGGAACAUCCGGGCUUUACACGCAGCGUAAAAGAGACUUUACACAGGUGACAUUUUGCCUCUGUGAUGUUUCUGAUAAUACAUCUAAAGGCGGAUUGUUGACCUCAUCCAUUCAUUCCGUUUUGGUGCCAUUUAUAUAGAAUUGCAAGGUACAUAUGGCAUCUUGACUCUGAUAUAGUAGAAUAACAUUAAAAAUUUCCUACAGGCAUCGUACAAGGAGAUUAACAAAACAUGCGUGGCAAUGAUCUGCAGAGUCAUCCGUGUUUUUUUCCGUAACGGUUACCAGGUGAUGGUGUCUCUGGCUUCCAUCGAUCCCCACUGAAGUUUUUCCGGCGCGUAGCCGAGCUGCUUGACAAAUGAGCACCACAAUGCAGUCGGUGGUUACGCCACUUCUGUGUAGCUCUUGAUUAUCAGACUGCAAAUUGAACUCGAUGUUUAAGUACGUUCUCAAUGUAUCGCUGCAGUCCUAACUGGGCACGUCGCACUUUGGUCUACGUGUAUCUCGGCCGAAGUGUUAAAGCAAGCGCUUAAUUCAAUGAUGCCGAGAGAGCUGCUCGUGCUGUUAACUGUGUCUGACUGCAUCAUCACGCUUGGUGACCAGCUCUUGAAUAACCAAAGGGCUUUGCAGCAAUCCAACAUGGGGGCAGUUUUGUUCCUCCCCAUUGAUUGACCAAAUUUUGUGUAGUUUGCGUUGUGUUGUUGUGCCAAUGGUUGGCACCAUCAUGACUUGCCUGAUCUAUGUUGACUUUUAUCGCCCAUAAAGUAGAAAUGAACUGAUUUGAUUUUAUGAACUCUCAAAUUGAAAUAACACACUGUUUGUGAGCAAAGCCAUUCCAUCAGAUUCAUUGAUUAAUCAAAAAAAUAAUCAACCGAUUUAUUGAUUAAGAUAAUCAUUAGUUGCAGCUGUAAAAAGCACUUUUCAAUUGCGAUACAACUCGUUUUUGUUCUUCCAAAGACACCUUUCACCUGGUACAUUCAUGUCAAAGACAAAUAACACAUCUGUCAGACUCAAGGCCCAUUUGGCUGCGGUUUGUCGUAAGAAUAAUAACCUGGAUGCCCAGCUCGAGGUUCUUUGCCGAGUCAAGGCCGCGCAUACGAAGAGACUUCACGUCAGCGACGGCCCGCGUAAAAAUAACCGCGCCGCUAUAUUCCGGAGGGCCUGGAGCGCCGCUGUUUAGCUUUAAGUGAAGACAAUUAUCGGACACGCGAUCUGCGGGUAUUUAUGAAGCCGAGGUCGCGGCUUAAUGAAUUCAAACAGAUCCAUUACUGCCGGUGCAGACUGCCAGCACAAAAGCAGGCGGCCUGCCAGCUAGCCAGCCAGCUAGUCAAUUUUCACCCUUGUAGGAUGGUGUCAGAAGGGAGUUUUUAGUCACCGCCUGAUAGAAUGCCUGAAAGCAUUUAUUUUCAGACCUGAUCGGCGAUCCGGGGACGCUCGAAGGGGCUGGUGAAUUGCUAACAGCCUGGACCAAGGCCUCGCUCUCUCUUCCUGCGGGCCCGAGUUAUUGUCUGUCAGAAAUAGCCCAAAAUCAUGUUCAUAAUGGAGAAGGGUUGUCCUAAUACUAAAAUAAUUACGAUAGUAUGCUAAAAUGGGCCAAUGGAAUGUUUUGCUUUUGUCAACAUAGAGUUGGCAUUGUGAAUGAGUGGAUAGCUCACUAUCUAUAUAUGCCUUGUAAUUGACUGGUGACCAAUCCAGAGAGUGCACGGUCCAGAAAAUGGAUUAAGUCGGCCUCUGUUGCGCAAUAUUGAAACAGGAACAAAAAAAAAGGAAAUUGCUGUUGAAUCUGAAAAACAAAACGAUAAUAAUUGUAAUAGUCUCUUCCAGGUUCAAUGUGCCACAUUUAUUUUUUUUAUUAACCGCACGGGCGAUUUUUUUAAGCCAAUUAUAGGGAAGCUGUUAUGUAAUAUAAUAAGACGGCAAUCAUCCUGAACUAAGUCGUCGUUUCAAUAUAAUUCAUUUAUUCCAGCGCCACCUUCAGAAAAUGUAUUUUAACUGGAGAAAAAGGUAUUUCAAAUGUAACAUUUUAAAGCACCAAAGACUUAUCUGAUAAAAAUGUUACAUUUUCUUGUGAUUCAAA